AUGACAGAAGAAAAGAGACAAACUUCAAGAAGAGAGGACCAGUAUUACUGUGUUCCCAGCACAUCUUUCAAGACCUCAAGGAGUAACCUUCCACCAAAGUAUAGAUUUGAAAGAUGCGAGAAAGUGAGAGGAACAUGUAAAACGUUUUGUGAUGAUGUUGAGUAUGAUUAUGGAUACUGUAUUAAAUGGCGAAAUCAAUGUUGCAUUUAA